AUGAAUCGCUUGGAUGCAAUUGAGCCACAAUGGCCAACGGGGUCAUCAUUGUGCGAGGGUACCACGAGUGAUAAUGAGAAUCAUAGUCGGGUAAUUGUUUUCAACGCACAAAGAGGGAAAUCAUGGAAUCCUCUCAAGCUUGUUGCGAUUGGUUCCAUCUCUAUAGCGCUCUGGGUUGCGAUAAGAGCAAGAGACCUAGUGCACCCUCAAGAUAUCGAUCCAUUGAACUUUGCGGCUCGAACGACCAGAGUAUUAUCGGAAAUACCUCUCAUAGAUGGACAUAACGAUCUUCCAUUCCUUGUUCGACUGCAGCUCAACAAUCAGAUUUAUGGGGACAAUCUUCCAUUUGAUCAGGAUCUUAAGCGGAUGAAGCAGGGCAAAGUGGGUGGGCAGUUUUGGUCGGUCUUUGUAGAGCAUAGUGUUCGUGAUACCCUUGAGCAGAUUGAUGUGGCAAAGCGCUUGAUAGCGGAAUAUAGCGAGCUGCAGUACUGCGACACAGCAGCAUGUGCUCGACAAGCCUUCAAAUCAAAGAGAAUAUCUUCCAUGCUCGGUGCUGAAGGACUCCAUCAGAUCGGUUCAUCCCUUGCCGUGAUCCGGCAAAUGUACGAGCUCGGGGUGCGCUAUAUCACUCUAACCCACAACUGUGACAAUGCAUUUGCUACUGCGGCCAGCACAGUAACGGAAACAGGCAAGGAUAAUGGACUGAGUGACUUUGGACGUGCCGCGAUACGCGAAAUGAAUCGCCUAGGGAUGAUGAUAGACCUCUCCCACACGUCUCACCGAACAAUGCGAGAUGCUAUAGCUGCGACUCGGGCACCAGUGAUAUUUUCCCAUUCGGCGUGUUAUGCGCUCGCAAAGCGUCUGAGAAAUACCCCCGAUGACGUCCUUCGGAUGCUCCGCCAAAAUGGUGGCCUAAUCAUGAUCUUUUUUGCGAACAAGUUCAUUCGACCUGACAACCCGGACAAGGCCAGUUUGGAAGACGUGGUCGAUCACAUAUUCCAUGCUGCCUCCAUCGCCGGCUGGGACCAUGUUGGAAUUGGCAGCGAUUUCGAUGGGACACCUGCUGUUGCUAGUGGGAUCGAGGAUGUCUCGGCAUACCCGAGACUCAUUGAAGCUGUCAUGCGACGCGGUGCAACCGACGAGCAGGUGCGAAAACUAGUGGGAUUAAAUAUUCUACGCGUUUGGGGGCAAAAUGAGAUUGUGUCGGCUCAAAUACAGAGUGAGAUAGGCUCACGACCGGUGGAGAGUUAUUGGGAGGGGAGGACACAACCAACUUGGGAUGGCCCGUUGCCUGCAUUGAAGAAAAUAUCAUAG